AUGGAUGUGCUAGUUGAUAAAAUGGACGAAGACAGGGUAGAUGAGUCAGAAGUAGUUGUUUCAACUGAACGGCUAGUACUCGAUGAUAAUGUCGUAGUUGCUGAUAUGAUGGAUUCUGAAGCUAAUAGCGAUGAGAUAGCCGUGGUAGUAGAGCUGGACGAGGUAGGAGCUGUAGAGUCUGUUCUUAUUGAAGAGUCGGUAGUAGUUGUCGUAGUCAAGCUGGAUGAGGGUGUAGUUGAUGAAGUGGUUGUAGUGAUAGAGCUGGAUGAGGGUGUUGAAGACUCGAUAGUAGUAGAAGUACCAGAGCUGGAUGAAGAGUCGGUGGUAGUGGUAGUAGAGCUGGAUAAGGAUGUUGAAGAGUCGGUAGUAGUGGUGGUUUCAGAGCUGGACGAGGAAGUAGUCGAGGAAGUGGUAGUGGUGGUUUCAGAGCUGGAUGAGGAAGUAGUCGAGGAAGUGGUUGUAGUGGUAGUAUCAGAGCUGGAAGAGGACGUUGAAGAGUCGGUAGUAGUGGUGGUUUCAGAGCUGGACGAGGAAGUAGUCGAGGAAGUGGUAGUGGUGAUUUCAGAGCUGGACGAGGAAGUAGUCGAGGAAGUGGUAGUGGUGAUUUCAGAGCUGGACGAGGAUGUCGUUGAGGAAGUGGUAGUGGUGGUUUCAGAGCUGGACGAGGAUGUCGUUGAGGAAGUGGUUGUAGUGGUUGUAGUAGAAGUUCGAGGUAUUGUUAGGCCAACAAUAUUGUAA